AUGUAUGCUAAUACUUUUAAGCAAUCCCAAGAUUAAAACAAUCCUAAUCAACUUCCCUAGCCAUUCUCUUACAUUCCAGACAGUCCAACUUCCAAAGCUUAGAAAAAAGGAGAGCAAGAACUUUUUAAACUAAGCGUUAAUAAGCAAAUCAGCACUUAAUCAGAUGUCGAAAAUAUCGUUAAUUCUUAUUUAAUCACGAAUGAAAAAAAUAAUCUUCCAUUAACCAAUCAUAACAAAUUUCUCUAGGUUUCAAAUUUUCCUCUCAAUGAUAAUUUUGAAAAGUACGAAUAUGAAAAACCCAUUAAAAUCUCAUAACCCUCUAAGAUCUAUUGUAAGUUUUGCAAUACAAGAAAACCAACUCAAUCACUCCUCAAAAAUGGAUCAAAUACAUAUAUCCUCGCUUGUAUUUUAUUCAUAAUUAUUCUCCCCCUAUUUUGGAUUCCUCUGAUAUCCAAAAAAUGCAAAGAUUAAAUCGAAAUCUGUGUUGUUUGUAAUCGACAAACAAGCUAUAUUCCAUUUAGAUUGUUUUGA